AUGGUGUCUUCACCUUCCCUAUCGUUUAAGGUUCUUCUGGUAGCUUUUUUUAGUUCUUCUUUAUUCACAAUCUCUAGGUCUACCGAGGUAAGGGAAUUUUAGUCGACCAAAUAGUUUGUUCAAAGUGGGAAAGAUUAUUGAUUUACUCUACAACGGAAAACCAGAAAAUUACUUUGGUUAUGUUUAACAUAGAAUUCAGAAAAAUUUCAAAUUUAGGAGCUUUUUCGCACAUAAGCUACUUCAAGCACGCAUCGUCUUCGCCGAUUUUUCUUCUUUUUUUCUGAAAUGAAAAAUAUCAAAACCAACGAAUAUCAAACAAGAAUGAUUUUGUAUGGAAUUUUCUAUGAUGGAGAUAAAAAUUCAAACAGGUUUUUAGGUUUUGAAAAAAAUAUCUUCAUUUUCUUUUUUUUUUUUUUGUAUUAGAAGGAAACUUAUUUAUAGAUCUUUCUGAAUCCAACGUAUCAAAAUGCACUAUAUCUAAUCAUGAGAUUAAAAGCCUUGGUUGUUUUAACAACCUGAGAGAAAAAGACCAGUUUUCAAAUUUGUUUUAACCUUUAGUGCAGAACCUAGGUAAACACGUGCUCUGAUUUGUUUCUCUAAGUCUCUCGAUAGUGUUUCUGAACCACCCCCAACCUUGCCUCCGUUUCCAUGCAACUGCAAGGACGGCACACCAGGAAGAGAUGGCAAGGACGGUAGAGAUGGCUUGACCGUUGUGGGUCCGCCUGGACCCCCAGGGAAUAAUGGAUUGAAUGGAACGGACGGAAAGAAUGGCAGAGACGGUAAGGAUGGAAGGGAUGGGAGAGACGGAGAAAAGGUGAAUAGGAUAUGAUUUACUUCAGUUACUUUCCGUGACAAUGAACUAUGAUGUGCAUUUUUUUUCGCUUAUCUUGCUUACCAUCGCUACUGUUAUUAUUCCUUAUUUUUUACUGAUGACGUUUCCAGGGGAACCCAGGUUCUUCGGGUGAAAGAGGACCUCCAGGAGUCUGUGAUAUAGCAGAGGUGAGUAAGGCUGAAUUAUAAUGUUAGCUAAUUAAAAUGACUCACUCACUAGGCCAUAACACUUUUAGCAAUACAUUAAAAUAUACUGGGAGGACGAAAAUGUGCAACUCAUCCAGUAAGAAUUCAUCUCGUGAUAAAUGUAUAGUGCCAACCGGACCAAGAUAAGCUUGCUCGUUUAUGAAGGCCACUAGAAUUACUUUCAGGUAAAAUACUCAACCACAAACUUUACUAAUAUAGGAAGUGUUAUUCUUUAUAGCUGAACUCAAUCAAAGCUCGAAUUCUUGAUCUGGAACGGAAGGUAAGAUUCCUUUGAGCUUGUGGUAGCAUACGAAAGAAUCAAUUUCUUGCAUUGAGACUCGGUAAGUUGUAAUAAUGUUUAAUCCUACUUAAAGCGAGAGGCCCGGUAUCCCUUCACUUGCAUGAUAAUAUAAGCUAAUCAGCCGGUGGUCUUUACUCCACCUUCCCCCCCCCACACACACACACAUUCCCCUAAGAAAUAGAGAUCAUUACACUGAAUUGUUUGAGCUUAUUUAUUAAGUUUGCAAUUAUCAAGGUGGAGAAAGUCAAUGAAACUUCAGAGACGAGACUCAAUAUUUUAGACAACAAAAUUGAUGCAAAAACAGCUGAGCUACUGGCAAUAAUCCAGGUUAGUCAUCCACACCCCUCAGUACAUACAACUUGGUUUGAAUAUGUCAGGGUUUGGUUUUGGAUAAAACUAUUUUUAAAUUCGUCGCCACAUCUCUACCUAACUGUUUAUUUCCCUCUGGUCUAUGAGUACUACAAGAUUUCCUUUGAAAAAAAGGAGGCAUUUCCCUAUUGGUUUAGGAUAAGAUUUACGAAGAAAUGUCAAAUGUCACUUAUGAAGUAAAGGCAGGUUAGAGCCGAAAGACCAACACCGCAUGAACCAAAGCAGGCAGCUAAGAAUCUGUGUUUUACCUCGUUUUUCAUGAAAUAGAUAAGUUAAUUUUUUUUUGACCUGUCAGAUAUUAGGAGCUGUUAAUUAUAUCUAUCAUUUGACGCUGUUUUGGUGAAAGAUUUGUCCGAAACAUAACUUGAUGUUUGGCAGGAAUAGUUGGAUUUAUAAGCCAUUUUAAUCAUUAGAACUAUUGUAUCAUCGAAGAUUCAAUUCUGUGGGACCAAACAAACAGGACUACGUGUCCUUGCCGCCUCUUAAAGUGGUGAAAAAUUUGAGCCCUUUUGUCAGAUGAUGUUUCUUUUUCUUCAGAUUGUCAAUCAAACAAUUAUUCCAGGGCCUCAGGGACCACAAGGGCCUCCCGGAGAGAAGGGGCACAAGGGUGACAAAGGGGAACCCGGAAAGACAGGGCCACAAGGACCACAAGGAAAACAAGGAAAGGAAGGACCAAAGGGAAACAGAGGCUUUCCCGGUUUACCAGGAGCCAAAGGAGAAAAAGGUGAUAGUGUCACACUAAAGGGCUGCAGACACAGAAUGAAAAGUUCUGCUUUAAGAAAUAAAAAUGGCUUCAAAGAGGUUAUACUGCAAGGGCCUUCGCAGGUAAGUUGAUUGCAGUGCCUUUCAUAAUUACAGCCAUCUAUAACUAAAUAGGUUAAGGGAGAACUUCUCCAUGAAUCCACUUGUAAAAGGAAACUUGUAAGCGGUCACACAAAAUGUAAUUUACGAGGUGACUUUCGAGAACGAAAGAAGGUAGAUUGGGGGGAGUCUUUUCGAACUUUUAAAUAUUCGGCCAGGGAUACAGAUUUUUUCGUUUUGGGUUGCCAUGUUUGGUACACUAAGAACACUAGAUCUAAUUGCAAUCAAUUAAUAAUAAUCAAAUAAUACAGCGAAAAAAAGUCAAUAAAUUAUUGUCAAUAUAAGUAAACUCCCUGUGUAAGGAGUGCCGCCGAGGCACCAAUGAUAGGAUGAAGUAAAAGCUUUUCUUUACAUGUUCAUGUAUCAUUAAUUCUAAAAUCUACAUCAUUAUCUUUUUCGUCUUUAAGGGUUAUGUUUUAGUGGGAGUGACAUGUGCAGCCGUUAAAGGAGGGAUCGCUCAUUUGUUUUAUCAGGAAACAAAAAAGUCCUACUCGUGUUACUGUACUUUUCCAUCUACUUGUAAAAAAGGAAUUGCUGGGCGGGACGAUAGACGCGAAAAGCGAAGUCCGUCUCAUAAAAAAGAUAAGGACUGGAGAGAGGGUAAACAACUAGAUGGACCGAAAGAGUGUUACCUCCAUUACUGGGAAUGUCCUGUUCUUUGAAAUGUUAAAUGAUAGAUUAUCAGUUCUAAGAAAUAUAAUAAAUCGUUUUAAAUCAAACGCGCUCUCAGUUACAGCUGAUUCUUUUCGGUUGUCUUCUGGAGAACGCUGUUGGAAGC